GAGGAAGAGGAGGAGGAAGAGCAAAACAAGGUGUGUAUCGGAUAAUCUAAUUUAAGCAGUAUAAUGUUAAUUACGCUAAAAUACAUAUCUUGAAUUAUUUUGUCCAACUUUGAAUACAUUUAUAAAUAUGUAAUCAUAUUUACACAGAUAUUAAUGGAAAUCUUCACAUGAAAAAUUGAAGCAGGAACAGGCUGAGACCAGCCUGGUUCACAGUUCCACUCCAUUCUCGUUUCCCUUCUCUGCUCCAUCUGGGAGUUCUCCCAUAGACGAGGAUUUCUCCAGUAGAGYUUUAACUGGGCCAAKCAGGGAACAGAAGGAGGAGUUUUGAACGAUGACAUUGAAGUUCUGCGCAGUGUCUG